CUGAUUCAUGCGUGUGCUGAUGCACAGCGCAUUCAUUGAUCAAACUGAAUUCGACGCAGCCAGCCAUACCACCGCACUCCAUCGCGUCAGCAGCACACACACAACAGAGCCGCCCGUCCACCCAUCCAUUCAUCAGCGAUAUAUAUCUAUGGUAUGUAUCUACACCGUACCGUCACUGUCCGUCCCCCUCGCCCACCUCACUCACUCAGUCACUCACAUGCCCUCCUGAGGAUUGGCCGCCUUCUUGUUCUUCGGCUUGCCCCAGUCGAAUGCCUUUUCGAUCUCCAUCCACUCAUCCGAAGAGAUGUACGGCUCAGCAGCUGCCACACACAUGCACAUGCCGCUCCAAAAGUGUCUGUCUGUCAUCUCCCGCAUCCAUCCCGCUCACUCACCCACUUCAGUACCGAAGUAGUGUCGGCCGCUCUUCUGCGCGUCCUGAGGGUUGGGCUCGUCGCCCAGGUCAUCAUCUACAUCCACCGACGCCACCGACGCCAGGUCGUCAUCAAUGCCCUGCGGCCCGUCGUAGCCGAACUCGUCAUACCCGUCAUAGGGGUACUCCUUCUCGCCAUCGAUAUCGCCAGGGCCGUCACCGCUGAACGAAUCCAUGAG